UGCGCUUUCGAUACUUGAAUCUUGAUUCCUGAAUAUCCGUUCCUAAAUCCCUCCAUUGCUUCUUCUCCGAUCUUGUAUUCCGUUGCUCUUUUGUGUGUUGUUCACUCUCACUCUUUGAUCACGAUUUUUCGUUCUCAGAUCUUCAAUCGUACUUCAACAUUUUGUUAUUGCGACCAAUUGGCGAUAUCUCAAGUCUAACAACAAUGUCAGGGACUCAUGAUUCAUGUCCUUUGGUAAAGAACAUUCUUCUUCUGGACUCUGAAGGGAAGCGUGUGGCUGUCAAGUAUUACUCCGAUGACUGGGCGACUAAUGCUGCCAAGUUGAGUUUUGAGAAGUACGUAUUCUCCAAGACCUCUAAGACCAAUGCUCGCACAGAAGCUGAGAUCACUUUGCUGGACAGUAAUAUUAUUGUCUAUAAGUUCGCCCAGGACCUUCACUUCUUUGUCACUGGAGGCGAUGAUGAAAACGAGCUCGUCUUGUCUUCGGUUCUUCAAGGCUUUUUCGAUGCUGUUGCACUUCUUCUAAGGAACAAUGUGGAAAAGAUGGAAGCCCUUGAGAACUUGGAUCUCAUUUUUCUCUGCCUCGAUGAAAUGGUCGAUCAGGGGGUGGUUCUUGAAACAGACCCAAACGUCAUUGCGGGAAAAGUAGCAAUGCAGAGCACAGAAGCUAGUGGUUCACUCUCUGAACAGACACUAACUCAAGCACUGGCAACAGCUCGGGAACAUCUGGCAAGAAGUCUGCUUACAUGAGAGUUUCCUCAUAUGCAUAAUACUGUUAUGGGAUUUGUCUCAUUACGUGUGAAAGUCUUUUAAUAAUUCGAACACUUUGCUUACAGCAUUUCUGCAUACUUAACCUGAAGUUUGGGGUAUUUGUUACAUAGCUGUGUGUUCAAUGCUGGAGCUUUUUUGAAGACUGGAUAUUGCAGAACAAGAAUUUUAUAAAUCUUGAUUCAUAUCUUUUA